ACAUAAGUGCGUUCGUCGGCGUUCGUCCGCGUUCGACUGCAUAAAAAUUCUGGUAACUUUUGGAUAGUGACAAUAACGGAAAUGUCUAAUACCUAUGACAUAUGUACAUAUCUAACUGUGUUAAGAUUGUAUAGAGACAAUUUUACUAUUGGCACUAUCCGAAAGUUACUAAAUUUGUACGCGGUCGAGCGCCGUCGAACGCGGACGAACGCGCUUAGGGGUAUCACUCGAAAAAAUGAAUAGCGAGGAAUAGCAGCUGACAGCCAAUCAGAAGUAAGCGUUAAACGGACUUAUUUCUUAUUGAGGUGGUGGGGAGAGAACAUGAAGGAAUGAGUCCUUUUAAAGAUUGCUUCUGAUUGGCUGUCAGCUGCUGUUCCUCGGUGUACCUUUUUACGUGUGAUAGCCCUAAGGAAGAAAAAAAGUAGACAUUAUUUAGACAAUAUAUGUGGCCAAUCAAAAUUAAAGUGAUCCCAAAUUACGUACAUACAUUUUAAAACGAGCUUUUUUUCUAGAAAGUAUAGUUAAGUACCAUGGUGUACAUAAAUAUACCUGUACCUAUGUAAUGAAUGGAUAGUCAAGUUUGCGGUGAUGGCCGACUCUUAGAUUUAAUUGAUGAAGAAUGGAGAAAAGAUAAGCUUCCAGUUGAUGAAAUUCUUGUACCAAUAAGUGAACUGCCAGAUCCUGAAAGCGACAAUGGGGAUUCUCAUAUGACUUUGAAAGAAUUAGAACAAAAGUGGAAUAACUUAGCUCUGGGCACACUUAGUGAAAAUCACUUGCAUUCACCUACUCUUUCACAUAAUUAAUGUAAAUGCACCAUAAAAUAUGAAAAAUGGAAUUUCCUAAUACAGGUGUUCAAUGCUUCAUAAAAGAAUGUAAUCAGUUAGAUUUCUUGCCACUGGAUUGUAAAUAUUGCAAGAAUAUUUUUUGUAAAAAUCAUUUUAAUACUACAUCCCACAGUUGUCCCCAACUUGCUGAAAAUGUAGCUGAAAAUACAGGAAAAGCAAAUCUAUUUCAUUGCUCUCAAAUGCAAUGUACAACCAAGUCAGCAGUAGAAAUGACAUGUGUAAAAUGCAAAAAAAAUUUCUGUUUAAUUCAUCGUUUCCAUGAUUGUUUUGAGGAAAACCAGGAUACAAGACAGAGUGAAUUAGAAAGAUGGAGUAAACCAAAAGAAGUAUUUUUAGAAACCAAAAAGAUUGUUGACACAGAGUUAACAAACAAACUUAAAAAAUCUAAGAAUUCAGCUUUGGCAAUCAAGGUACAGUUAAUGAAAUUGAAAAAUAAAUCAGUUGGGCCUAGUAUUGUUCCAGUUGGUGAUCGUUGCUAUUUUUCUGUGCAUCCACCAAUUAAUAAUGGAUCUAAAAUCUUUGAUGGUUCUAGAGGUGCUUAUGUUUCUGUUAAUUGGAGCAUUGGCAAGGUGAUUGAUUCUAUAUCGGACUCGUUAAAUAUUCCAAAUUCCAACAAUCUAGCAAAUGUCCAGAAACUGCGAAUGUUUCAUUAUCUGAAUGGAAACAUUGUAACAAAUCAAAUGGAUAUAAUUUUAUCUGAAUUAUUUAGAAUUGGCAUUUUAGUGGAUGGUCAAGACAUUAUUUUAGAAUACUCGACAAAUGACAGAGUUGAUUUUUCUUUAUAUAAAUAAUAGAUGCACAUAUUUUGUAUUAAGAUUUUAUUAAAACAAUAUUUGAAAAGUUCAAUCCUAAAUUAUUCCACGACUUACUUUAUGGUAUAAACACAUUAAUGCUUAAAUUUUGUUUUGCUGCAUGUAUAAAUUUAUAGAUUCAAUCAAUGAAAAUUACAAAAUAUCCGCUUAUCAAUAUAUUGUAGUAUCAGCAGAAGAAAAUUUAUUUUUACUAGAUAACAGUGUAAAAAAUGAUUGUCUAAUUUUUUAAACUAAAAAGUAAAUUUAUUUGGUUGUUUUGGCACUAGACAUCCAUCAAUGAAGAUUCUGCCUAUAAAAUUCUCAAUUGCUUUAAACAUAUAAGCAAAUUAAUAUGCUUAUAAUAAUUAUCAUAAGACGAUUUAGUUAAAAUCAUUAUAAAAUAAGAGACCAUGGCUAAAUGCAUUUCUUUUUUCAAACGUGUGCGUUUUCUCAUUAUUACUGUGCAAUAGUCACAUUCAUUGUAUACAUGAAAUACAAAUCUUCUGUCACUUGUUAAAUAAAAAAAGGACUCAAACUACUUCUUAUUAAUAUUUCAAAGAUACUGUUUUUCUUUGUAUCGAACAAAGUUUACAAUAAAUAUGGCAAUAUUAAUUAAUUAUUUUUAGUUCUUAGCAUUUUUAAAGUAUUUUACUUUUUAUAAAUUAUAAUUGUAUGGUUUUCAUUUAAAAAAAUGAGAUUUAGCUUGAUUUAAUGAUCAAAAUAUAAUGGAGAUCAAAUUUUCAAAACGAUCUUGAUUAUUAAAGCUUAAUGCAAUAGUUUGGCAGUAUAAAAUUGUACAGAAAUAAAAUCAUACUGCACUGACCUCAUUCACAGAAAAAUUAUAAUUUUUGUGAAUAGACUUUAAGAAAAAUAAGUAGAUUUUGAUUUAUCUUUAAUAAAUCAUGUAGAAACUGGUUAUCUUCAAACAAGUUUAUUACUGCCAAUCAUUUACUUGAAAUCUGUUAAAAUCACUUAAUCAAAAUUAAAACAAAAAGAAAAUGUUUUCUCCUCAAGGUUAAAUACUGUUAUUUUUAUGUACAAUUAGGUGCAUGUUGCAACCUUAGGGAGUAUAUGUGUAUACUUACUAUCAAGAUGUUUACUGUAAUGCCUAAUAUAAGAACAAUUAAUAAACUAAAAGUAUAAUCUCGA